AUGACCCCCACAGCAAUCAUAGUCAUCGGCUCCGGCCUCGCAGGCCUAACCACCACCGCGCACCUCCUCACGCACCGCAUCCCCGUCCUCCUGCUCGAACGAUGCCCCAAACCCGGCGGAAACAGCAUCAAAGCCUCCAGCGGCAUCAACGGCGCCCCGACGGCGUUCCAGCCCCCUGGGUCUGACUCCGUGGGGUCGUUCUACGCUGACACGGUGGCGUCCGCGGGAGAGGUGUUUCUGUCUGCGACGGGGGCGGAGAAAUCUCGUCGGGAAGGUCUGGUUACGACGCUGACGGAGAGGUCGGCCGAGGGAGUGUCCUGGUUGAGUGAGAUGGGGGUGGAUUUGUCUCGUGUGGCGAGACUUGGGGGACAUAGUGUUGCGAGGACGCAUCGGGGAGGGGGGAAGGGGACGCCGGGGUAUGAGAUUGUGAAGGCGCUGCUGGGGAAGGUGGAAGGGGAUGAGAGGUUCAAGAUGGAGACGGGACGCAGGGUGACGAGGAUCCUGCGCGAGACAGAUGGCGCGGUGAAUGGGGUCGAGUAUACGACUGUCGACGAGGGCAAUGAGACGGUGGAGCGGGCGUAUGGCCCCGUGGUGGUGGCGACGGGGGGCUUUGCGGGCGAUGCGCGCGGUCUGUUGGCGACGUAUCGGCCGGAUCUGGCGGGGAUUCCGUCGACGAAUGAGCCUCGUGAGGGCACGCAGCCGCUGCUGCAGGCGGUUGGGGCGGCGAUGGUGGAUAUGGACUGCGUGCAGGUGCAUCCGACGGGGUUUGUGGACGCGGCGCAGGCGGAGGCGACGGUGAAGAUCCUGGCGGCAGAGGCGCUGCGGGGGGAGGGGGGUAUUUUGGUGCUGGGGGAUGGGAGGAGGUUUGUGAAUGAGCUGGAGACGAGGGAGAAGGUGACGGGGGAAGUGAUGCGGCAGGCGGAGCGGUUGUCGACGACGGCGACGCAGUGGGAUACGAAGCUGGUGCUGGACGAGGGAGCUGCGGCGGCGCUGGAGUCGCAUCUGGGGUUUUAUAUGUGGAAGAAGCUGAUCGAAAAGACGACAGUGGGCGAGCUGAUGGCGGAGAUGCCGGCGUUGGAGAGCACGUUGCGCGAGUAUGUGGACGUGGUAUCGGGCAGGGAGAAGGAUCGCUUUGGCCGCGAGUCGUUUGGGAACUGGACGCUGGCCGAGGUGAAGCCCGAGUCGGUGGUCUACGUGGGCAAAGUGACGCCGGUGGUGCAUUUCACCAUGGGAGGCGCCGUCAUCAACGAGCGCAGUCAGGUUUUGGACGAGCAGGGCCGUCCGAUCCCUGGUCUCUGGGCGGCGGGCGAGAUCACCGGAGGACUGCACGGUCAGAAUCGCCUGGGAGGAUCGUCGCUGCUGGAGUGUGUCGUCUUCGGCCGCAUCGCCGGAGAUGAAGCCGUCGCCUUCUAUCGGGGGUUGCAGGGUGAGGGAUCUACGUGUGCAGGACACGACGAUCUAUAG